GGCCAGGUCAGGAUGCUCGGGUCGCAGGAGGAAAAGGAGGAGCUGGAGCGCGAGCGCCAAGAGAAGAAAAGGCGAAGACCACGAGCCGAGGAACAGGCGCAACCGAGGUAGCCGCCCGGAAGACUCCGGCCACAGCGCAGACGGCGCCCAGUGCCCCGCGGACGACGGCACGGCAGGUGUCCCCUGGCGCGCCAUGCGCGGGACCCCAGCCGCGGGGCCCGUCUACACCGCCGCCUGGGUCACGUGGCCUGGGGGGCUGGCCCGCUGCCCCGGCGGGGGUGCGCGCGGGGCGGGGGGCGGCGGCCAGCCCGCGGCGGCGGCUGCGCGUCCGUGUGCGCCGCGUCCCUGUGCGCCGCGCUGGCCCCCGGGCGCCGGGGCCGCCUCCUGCCCCCCCGCGCCCGCGCCGCUGGCCGCCCGCCCCCUAUAUAUCGCGCCCCCGGCGGGCCCGCGCCAGGCCGCCAGCCGCGGAGAGGGCGCCGCAGAGCGCCCGCCGCAGCCCCCCGCCGCCCCGACGGCCGCCACCACCCGCCGCCGUCGCCUCCGCCGCUGCCGCCGUCCGCCUGCGGCCACCAUGAAGAAAGAGGUGUGCUCCGUGGCCUUCCUCAAGGCCGUGUUCGCCGAGUUCCUGGCCACCCUCAUCUUUGUCUUCUUCGGGCUGGGCUCUGCGCUCAAGUGGCCGUCGGCGCUGCCCUCCAUCCUACAGAUCGCCAUGGCCUUCGGCCUGGCCAUUGGCACCUUGGCUCAGGCUCUGGGGCCAGUGAGCGGUGGCCACAUCAACCCGGCCAUCACCCUGGCCCUGCUCGUGGGCAACCAGAUCUCGCUGCUACGGGCGGUCUUUUACGUGGCGGCGCAGCUGGUGGGCGCCAUCGCGGGUGCGGGCAUCCUCUAUGGACUGGCACCGCUCAAUGCCAGGGGCAACCUUGCAGUCAACGCGCUCAACAACAACACGACCCCCGGCCAGGCAGUGGUGGUGGAGCUCAUCUUGACGUUCCAGCUAGCACUCUGCGUCUUCUCCUCCACCGACUCUCGCCGCACCAGCCCGGUGGGCUCCCCGGCCCUGUCCAUCGGCCUGUCUGUCACACUGGGCCACCUGGUGGGGAUCUACUUCACCGGCUGCUCCAUGAACCCAGCCCGCUCCUUCGGGCCUGCCGUGGUCAUGAAGCGCUUCAGCCCCUCACACUGGGUCUUCUGGGUGGGCCCCAUCGUGGGGGCCGUCCUGGCCGCCAUCCUCUACUUCUACCUGCUCUUCCCCACCUCCUUGAGCCUCAGCGAGCGUGUGGCCGUGGUUAAGGGCACGUACGAGCCCGAGGAGGACUGGGAGGACCAUCGGGAGAAGACCUUGGAGCUGACCAGCCGCUGACCGGCAUCGGGCAGGGGCCGGCCCCUCCCCCCCGGGCACAUGGGGGAAGGAAAAAACAGCAGGCGGCAGCAGAG